CUGCCUCUCUUCUCCUGCUGCAGUAGCCUUCUACCCAUCUCCUGAUCUACCAACUUCUCCAAACAGGAUACUUAACAAACCUGUGCAAGAAAUGUCGUUUUUAUUACUUGAUUUAGUCAGCAUAGGUUACAAUUUCAUCUGACAUCAGAAACAUUAGAAUACAUUUUUAGUGCGCAAAGGUAACAGAGGAUUUCAUUGGUUGUAUUGACUGAGAGGUUAAAUAGAGCCAGCCUCUUGCACGCCUAGUUUUCUCCUCAGUCUCCCACACAAACUUACCUGCACUAACUAGAAAGUCCAGUUUCUCAAGCUAGUCCUAGAAAACAGCAGAGAGUCCUGGAGGCAACAUGGACCUGGACAGUAAACGGCUGGUGGUGGUGGUACCAAAUGAAGCGCUGGCGCCCUCUCGCAGAGUGUUCAGCAGCGAGGAUGAGGCGUGGAAGAGCUACCUGGAGAACCCACUGACCGCUGCCACUAAGGCCAUGAUGAGCAUCAAUGGAGAUGAUGACAGUGCAGCAGCACUGGGACUGCUCUACGACUACUACAAGGUUCCCAGAGAGAGGAGACGGGCCUACAGCGGUGUUAAACCCACAGAACCCUCUGCUAUUGGGCCUGAUAACUGCGGGAGCAUGGAGAUACUAGAUCACCACCUUCAGGCCCUCAGAUCCAUGCCUGUUAACCUCUCUCUAAACAACAACACCACUACAGAACACCAGGGCUACAAGUAUGGAGCUAAAUGCCUCGCAGGAGACAACAGAGGAGGAGAUGGUAAAGGUGGCGGCGGAGGUGGGGCAGCUCUGGUCAAGUCCGAGGGUCAGACGUCCAUGGGAGUGUCCUGCUCUGCAGGUUCCUACCUCCGACAGGAACCCAGCGAGCAGCUACGGAUGGCUUAUGAGCAGAGCCACUAUGACUUGACCCGCGCUGGGUACUUGAAAGAUGAACAGAGAAGCACUCCAGACAGCACAUAUGAGGACUCUGCAGAAGGAGAGAUGUACCACAAAAGUCCCUCCUCAGGAGUCGAUGAAAUCCAGUACAGCCAACCAACUGACAGCUUCCAGUACCGUCUGGAGGCCAGCAUGUCGCUGCGGCCGCGGCAGGGAGACGGACCCAUGGCUUACCUGAACCGGGGUCAGUUCUACGCUCUGACUCUGUCGAAGGCCGGCUUCAGAUCGUCCCUGAGUCAGCCCAGAGGCAAAGUGAGGAGUGUCAUCAUGGUUGUCUUUGGGGAAGACAAGUGCAGAGACGAGCAGCUGAAGAAUUGGAAAUACUGGCACUCCCGCCAGCACACUGCCAAACAGAGAGUCCUGGACAUUGCCGACUACAAGGAGAGCUUCAGCAUGAUCGGGAACGUGGAGGAUAUCGCCUACAACGCUGUCUCUUUCACAUGGGAUAUCAGUGAGGAACCUAAGGUCUUUAUCUCUGUGAACUGUCUGAGCACAGACUUCUCCUCGCAGAAGGGCGUGAAGGGGAUGCCUCUGAUCAUCCAGGUCGACACCUACAGUUACAACAGCUGCAGCAGCAGGCCGAUCCACAGGGCCUUCGCCCAGAUCAAGGUCUUCUGCGACAAGGGCGCUGAGAGGAAGCUUCGCGAUGAGGAGAAGAAGCAGCUCAGGAAGAGGAUGAAGGGGAAAAAUGGCAGCUCAGGGCAGACCUCUCCCUUUAAGAGGGCUGAUAACACGCUGCUCAAAACCAUGAUGGACCUGGACUCCCAGCCUGUCCUCUUCAUUCCUGACGUCCACUUUGGAAACCUGCAGAGAGCCGGACAGGUGUUUGCUUUCAACACUGAAGAGGUCAACAGAGAUGGGAGUGUUCUGGUGAAAAGGAUGUCAUGUGUUCCUGAGGAAGAUGUCUGUCCACCUCAGCCCAAGAAGUCCAAAGUGGAAGUGGAAAGGAAAGUUCUGCUUUACGUGAGGAAGGAGUGUGAUGAAGUGUUUGACGCCUUAAUGCUGCACAGCCCGACCCUUACAGCGUUGCUGGAGGCAAUCUCAGAGAAAUAUGCAGUGCCAGUUGACAAGAUGGCCAAAGUUUACCAAAAAAGCAAAAAAGGGGUGCUGGUGAACAUGGAUGACAACAUCGUCCAGCACUACUCCAACGAGGACACCUUCAUCCUGGCUCUGGAGAGCUCAGCAGAAUCCUUACGCAUCACUCUGUCAGAAAUCUGACGGUUGUUUGCCACGGCACCGUAUCCGCCAGUCAUCCUAUCAUCGACCACGGAUGGGCGACGCUUUAGCCACGUGUAGCUAUUGUGAACAUUGCUAGCAGUAUUAGAUGACGGCGCCAAGACGUGUUCCUUGAGGAAGGCCGCAUAGGAGUCUCGGUUUGUUGGAUAACUGGCUAAACUCCAAACAGCCGGCAAAAUCCACACCCAAAACACCCGCGGCAGUACAUGUUUACACAACCUGCAGUAGGAGGAACACAGGCUUAACUUAGAGAACUUAAUGGAAGUGUCAGAUUUGUGACUUAUUGGGGUAAAAUGUUUGAUAUUUCCGGGCUAACUACCUGUGCGAGUCUUGAUUAGCUGAUACAGCACAUUAUCCAGUAGUCUUAUUGGACUAACAGCGGGGGGCUGCUGUUCGCUUCCUCUGCCGUCCUUCCUGUUACAUCUUCUAGUUGUGGAAGCUUUUAAAUUACUUGAUCAGAUGUUUGAAAGGCUUCAUAGCAAGUCUACGCAACAUCUUUCGCUGGCACUCAACAGUUCAAAGUAAACUUAUAUAAAUGUAGACUUAUUAUUUUGUAUGUAUAUACUUAUUUUUAGAUGUGUCUCUAAUAGUUCUCAUGUCAGGAUUCUCAUUUAUUGUUCUUCGUUGUCCAUCUUUUUUUAUUGUGUGGUCAUAUUUUUAAUGCAUACUAAAUGUUUCCAAUCGGUUGCAGUGAAAUAACAGUUUUCACAGAUAGUGAUUACAUGUCUCUAUAAUUGCAUGAGGCUCCAUUAUGGAACAGGACAGUAAGUCUCCAGGAUGCUGUUAAAGUGUUCUGCUUCCUCUGUGCAUGUGUUUAUUGUUUUUCCUCUCACUGAAGGGACUGUAGUCAUUAGUAUUUAUGACAUUAGUCAGGGACUAACUGCUCCCUCCAUUUACACAAUCCUUUUCUGAGGCUGCUGCAAACUGUCAGAGCUUAACAGUCUAAUCGCCCCGUUCCUAGUCACUGCCUUGGUUUACGCCUGAUUCACUGACAGCACCAUAAUGUACAGUCUUUCAAAUGAGUCAAUAAAUAUAGUUUUAUAUGCAGUCA